AUGAUUAGACAUGGAAAGGACAUGAGUGCUCUUGUGAUGAAGCAUUCGGAUAAUCCCUUCACGGCUGCCACUUUUGAAUCCAUGAACGGUUUAGUUUCAUCUUCUUUAAUAACAUUCUUCUUUAAUCAGGCUAAACCAACAACUUGCAAAGAUGCUAUUCAGAGAUGGGAGGAAAAAACUGGCUUACGUGCGAGCGAGGAAAAAGAAAUCAUUUUAUCUUUUCAAUGGCCACCAAUCGAAAAAAUGGACAACAAUUUAGCGUCACUUACUCUCGUGGAAAAGUUAUCUCUCUCAACAAAUAUGAUAGAAAAGAUUAGUGGUAUAAAUUCUUUAAAAUAUUUGAAAAUCCUCUCUUUGGGUCGGAAUUAUAUUAAGACGUUCUCCGGCCUAGAGGCAGUUGGAGAACAUUUAGAACAACUAUGGAUAUCGUACAAUCAAAUAGAAAAAAUCAAAGGUGUCAAUGCAUUGAAAGCAUUAAAAGUGCUUUACAUGUCCAACAAUUUAGUGAAAGAUUGGGCAGAGUUCAAUCGCCUCCAAGAAAUACCACUUCUCGAAGAGUUAUUGUUCAUCAAUAAUCCUAUUUGUGAAGGCAUGGACAUAGAGUCUUGGCGUAGUCAGGCAACCAAAAGACUUCCGAAAUUGAAGAAACUUGACGCAAUACCAGUUGUAUAAUUAUCCCGUUAAAAAUUUUGCAAUUUCAUUGCAAAAUAUGUAUUUACAUAAUGUAAUGCACAUUUAUAAUACAUGUUUUUUCCAUAUUCAAAUACAUUGAAUUGACAUUUA